AUGGACUUCUCGAAAAACAUCACAUCACUCUUCGACGCUCUAAGCACACUCGAGCAGCCUGUCCCCGACUCGAAUGAGAGACGAUCAUUCGUGAUUCCGGAGCGCAAACCGAACGUCCUCAAACUUCUGACACAACCACAUUCUUCGCUGGCCAAGCACAUCUUCUUGACACUACAUUUCCUCUUCCCGCACGACCUGCUGCCGGCGUUAGAUCUACUUGAUCGUGGGCUAGUACGCUGUCUACUCUACACGAAUACCAAUUCUGAUCACCAUCCCACCACCGAAGCCGAAGCAGUCGACAACCCGUCCGCACCCAAGAAGAACUCGGCCAAGGAAGUCUACUACAUCCAAUCCGCCUCGGCCGUCACCGACCACCCCACCAGCAUCAACCCCAACCAGAUCACUUCAUCGCCAGGCACCAACGACUUCGCAACCAGCCGAGCGGCCCCAUCAACAUCAACAGGCCGCUACCGCAACGCCCUCCGGCCCAAACCGACCGACACCUUCUACGAGGUCCACCUCGACAGCUGGAACUGCAGUUGCGCGGCGUUUGCGUUCAAUGCGCUGAACUUGUUGUCGAUUGAUGACGGUGGUGAAGGGGAUGACGAUGGACCUUCAGCCAAGUUGGGAGAGCCUCCUACGGAGUCACCAGUUGGACCAGUAGAGGGACCAGUGUUCCGCUUCGGAGGGACAAUCACGCAGCCGCAUUCGCCGGCGCCGGUGUGCAAGCAUAUCCUGGCGGCAUGCGUGGCGAGGAGCCUGCCGGAGUGGGCAUGGGAUGGCAGUGAGGGCUGGAGGAGGGAAGUUAGUGACAGGGAGGAGAUGGCGGGUUGGGGCGGUGGAUGGGGAGAUCGAUAA